GUUCCUCCGUUCUUCGUCGAGCGUCCGCGCGACACGGUCGAGAGCGAGAGCUCCGAUAUCGAGAUCGUCUGCGACAUCUACGGCCGGCCCGAACCGACGAUCACGUGGUUCAAGAACGGAGAGACGAUUGGCGCCAACGACUACUUCAAGAUCUCGUUGAAGAGUCUGCGGAUCAAGGGCUUGGUGAAGAACGACGAGGGCGUCUAUCAGUGCUUUGGGCAGAACGCUGCGGGCAAUGUACAGGCCAGUGCACAGCUGAUCGUCGUUCCGCAGA